AAAAACAUGGAGAAGGGAACCACAGCAAGACCAAAUUGCUUGAACAACGCUGAAUUUCACGUGGAAACCUCGAAACUCUGAAUUUAAACUCCAAAAACAUAGAGAAGAUGAACAAAGGGGGUGGACAUAAAAACAGUGAAGGGGAAGAAGAGGGUCUUUGUCGUUGUCCUUCAUUCCCCUGAAACAUGAUUGAACAAAUAUUUAUCCUCAAGAAGGACUCCAUGGACAUUAAAUCUAUAAAGAAAUUUCCAUCAACAUUGAGGUUGGUAGUUUUAGCCAUGGCUGCAACUUGUGGACUAUACAUUUGCUCAGUUAAUUUAGAGAAACCAACAAGAAUUCGCACAAAUAGCAAGUUGUUGGAACUAAGAGUCAUCAACCAGUCAUGUCAUCCUUCUAGUGUGGAAGAAUGGGAAGUACCCUUGCAUUAUCCACAACCCAAAACUUACAACAGAGAGGAGUGUGCUUGCAAUCCUGUACGGUUUUUUGUCAUAUUGACAAUGCAAAGAUCGGGGAGUGGAUGGUUUGAGACGUUGUUGAACAGUCAUAUGAAUGUAAGUUCCAAUGGAGAGAUAUUUAGUGUGGCCAAAAGAAGGGAGAAUGUAUCUUCAAUUUUGAUGACAAUGGAUGAAGUGUUCAAUCUUGAUUGGUUCAGUGGUGCUUCCAAGAACGAGUGUUCCGCAGCUGUGGGCUACAAGUGGAUGCUUAAUCAGGGUUUGAUGGAGCAUCAUAAGGAGAUAGGGGAAUACUUUGAACGGAGGAGAGUUUCUACAAUAUUCCUUUUCAGAAGGAAUUUGCUUCGUAGAAUGGUAUCUGUGCUAGCAAAUUCUUAUGACAAAAAGGCAAAGCCAUUGAAUGGAACACAUAAAUCUCAUGUCCACUCCACAUUAGAGGCUGGAAUUCUCGCAAAAUACAGGCCAUGGAUCAAUACCACGUUGUUGAUGACAGAGCUAAAUCAAACAGAGGAGACAGCUGCAAAAGCCAUUGAAUACUUUAAGAACACUCGCCACAUUGUUCUCUACUAUGAAGAUCUCAUAAAAAAUGCCACGAAGCUGAAAGAUGUACAAGAAUUUCUGAGAUUGCCUUUCAGAGAUAUGCACAGCAGGCAGGUCAAGAUUCACACUGCCCCAUUAUUGAAGCAAAUUGAAAACUGGGAUGAUGUGUAUAAAACGCUGAGAGGCACAUCAUAUCAGAAUUUUCUCUUCUCAGACUAACCAAAUAUAAUACGACACAAUAACUGAUUUUGACACCAAUAGACAAAACAAAGAUUGCUUCUUCUUUGACUAGCAUAGGAUUAUUCUAUGUACUUGGGUGCCACUUCUUGGAAACUUUAAUUUAAAGUAAUCAAGCAUUUAAUGUUGUUACCAGGGCAA